ACCAACCCUCCCCUCCCACCACCACCAUCAAGCCCGGUCUCCAGGUGUUCCCCGACCGCAGCCAGGUCAAGGACAAAGAACUCGACCUGAACCUUUUCACCUGAUCCCCAUCGACUCCCCUCCAAGAUGGCAUCCCGGAGACUCGCUCUCAACCUUUCCAAGGGCCUCACCCGGAGGGCAUACCCUUCAGCCCCAUUGAGGCGCACCUUUGCGACCCCCGUCUCUGCGCCCAUCAGGACCCAGACGACCACACUCAAGAAUGGCCUCACCGUCGCUACCCAACAUUCACCGUACGCCCAGACCUCUACCGUGGGCAUGUGGAUCGAUGCGGGCUCGCGAGCCGAGACAGCGGAGAACAAUGGCACUGCGCACUUCCUCGAGCACCUGGCCUUCAAGGGUACCUCCAACCGGACACAACAGCAGCUCGAGCUCGAGAUUGAGAACAUGGGCGCCCACCUCAACGCCUACACCUCGCGCGAGAACACCGUCUACUUCGCCAAGGCCCUCAACGAGGACGUGCCACAAUGCGUCGACAUCCUCGCCGAUAUCCUCCAGAACUCCAAGCUCGAGGAGGCUGCCAUUGAGCGCGAGCGUGAUGUGAUCCUGCGUGAGUCGGAGGAGGUCGAGAAGCAGAUUGAGGAGGUCGUCUUUGACCACCUGCACGCCACCGCCUUCCAGCACCAGCCUCUCGGCCGCACCAUCCUGGGCCCCAAGGAGAACAUCCGCGACAUCACCAGGACCGAGCUCUCCAACUACAUCAAGCACAACUACACUGCCGACCGCAUGGUCCUCGUUGGUGCUGGUGGCAUCCCCCACGAGAAGCUUGUCGAGAUGGCCGACAAGUACUUUACCAAGCUGCCCUCCAAGUCCCCCGAGACCCACGCCUACCUGCAGUCCAAGAAGAAGCCCGAUUUCAUUGGCUCUGACGUCCGGAUACGUGACGACACCAUCCCCACUGCCAACAUUGCCAUUGCUGUCGAGGGUGUCAGCUGGAACGACGAUGACUACUUCACUGCUCUGGUCGCCCAGGCGAUCGUUGGAAACUACGACAAGGCCAUGGGCAACGCUUCUCACCAGGGAAGCAAGCUGAGCGGUUUUGUCCACAAGAACGACCUGGCCAACAGCUUCAUGAGCUUCUCCACCAGCUACAGCGAUACCGGUCUCUGGGGCAUCUACCUCGUCACCGACAAGAAGGAGCGUAUCGACGACCUCGUCCACUUCGCCCUCCGGGAGUGGACCCGCCUGUGCCAGUCCGUGACUGAGGCCGAGACCGAGCGUGCCAAGGCUCAGCUCAAGGCCUCCAUCCUCCUGUCUCUGGAUGGCACUACUGCCCUGGCCGAGGACAUUGGCCGCCAGAUCGUCACCACCGGCCGACGGACGAGCCCCGGCGAGAUCGAGCGGAUCAUCGAUGCCGUGACCGCCGAGGAUGUCAUGGCCUUUGCGCAGAAGAAGAUCUGGGACCAGGAUAUCGCCAUCUCCGCCGUCGGCAGCAUCGAGGAUUUGUUUGACUACCAGAGAAUCAGGGGCAGCAUGAGCAGGAUGUUCUCUUGAAACAACAGAAACAGAGAAUCGGAAGCCGGUUGGCAGAACAGGCAAGCAAGCAUGAUAAAUGAAAGAGAGCGAGAGAGCGGGCGAGAAGUAGCAGGCCGGGGGUGGGAGAACGAAGGGAGGAAGCUGGUCACGUUGCUUGUAUAAUAUCUUUGUGAAAGACUACGGGUCGGGUUGUACUGUAGUAUGGAGGGGGUAGACAUAGAAUCGAAGGGGUUUGGUCUUCGUACCAAAGAACGAAAAGGAGACCGCCGAAGAAGAAGAAGAAGAAGAAGAAGAAGAAAAAAUAAGCAAGAUCCUCUAUUCUCUUUGUCC